AUGGACGAAAUCGUCUUUGCGAACCUGGACCGCUGUCCAUCAUACUCCUCCUUCUUCGGCGCAAUGGGCUGCAUAUCCGCCAUAGUCUUCACGGUCCUCGGCUCCUCCUACGGCACCGCCAAAUCCUCCGCCGCAAUCUUCUCCGCGGGCGUCCUCCGCCCGGACCGCCUCAUGCAAAACACCCUCUGCGCCAUCAUGGCCCAGAUCCUCAGCAUCUACGGCCUCGUCGCCGCCGUCAUCAUCGCGAACCGCCUCGUCGAGAAGCAGGCCCUGCACACGAGUUUCCUGCAGUUCGCCGCGGGGAUAAGCGUCGGCCUGUGUGGGCUUGCGGCGGGGUUCGCGAUCGGGAUUGUUGGCGAUGCUGGAGUCAGAGCCACGAACCAACAACCGCGUCUAUACACAGGCAUGGUCCUAAUCCUCAUCUUCGCAGAGGUCCUAGGCCUCUACGGCCUCAUCGUCUCCAUCCUCCUGCUCUCGACUUCGCAAACGCAAGUCACCGACUGCUCAGGCUCCUGA